UUAUAAUAUAAAUUUAUAAUAUAAAAAAACAUUUUUUGUCAAUGGUAACGUAUAAAAUAUGAACUUAUUUAUUGUACAUUUUGGAAUAAUUGAAGAAAUCAUGAAAAUUAUACAACUUAUCUAAUGAUAUAUUUUGAUGUCUCCAAAUGCUACUUACAGAGGUCGUUUCACGAUGACAGGAAUUUUAUUCGGCAACUAUAUAUAAGUACUGAUUUUUAAUAGCUAAUCUAAUAUAAAAUAUCAGAACACAUUCUAAACAUCGAAAAAUAUGUUUCUAAUUCUAGUGAUAAGUGUGUUUAUGUUAACGUUUUUCUAUACGUAUUUCCAUUUUCAAUAUUGGAAACGUCGAAAUGUUGAAGGGCCUGAACCAACUCUUCUUUUCGGUAAUAUUUUAGAACAAUUCAUGGGAAAGAAACAUAUGGGAGAAAUCUUCCGUGAUAUUUAUUUCAAUUAUCAAGACAAGCCAGUAGUGGGCGUAUUUAAUGGAGCGUUUCCCUGUCUCCUGGUACGAGAUCCAAUACUUAUGAAGGAGAUAAAUGUGGCUAGUUUCAAGCACUUCAGUGAGAACGAUUUUUAUGUGGACAAGAAGGUUGACCCCUUACUCGGACGAAGUCCCGUUGUGUUGAAAGGUGAAGAAUGGAAGACCACACGAAAUAUUCUAACACCAUGUUUCACCUCUGGAAAGAUGAAAAUUAUCUUUCCCCUCAUUGACCACGUUGGAAAAAAAAUGGUGGCAUUCGUUAAUAGGAACAUGAAUGAACCGAUAGAACUGAAGGAAUUAUGUACAAAAUAUACCAUUGAUAACGUAGCUAGUGCUGGAUUCGGUCUGGAAGGAAAGUGCUUCGAAGAACCUUAUUCGGAAUUUCGAAAACUGGCAAUUGGUUACUUGACACCAGGAACGAUUUCGGCAAUUAAAAUUUCAUUAGGAUUUCUUAUGCCUUUCUUUACCAAAAUGUUAUCCAUGAAAUUGGUAAAUAAAGAUGUGGAAGAUAAAUUAAUAGACAUCGUUACUAAAACCAUAAAAUAUCGAGAGGAAAAUAAUGUCGUACGCCAAGAUUUUCUGCACUUUAUUAACCAACUUCGUUACCAAACUUCAGGAAAGUUUACUUACGAAGACGUUACCGCCCAAAUCGCCGCCUUCUUCCUAGACGGUUACGAAACCAGUUCAACUGUGAUGAGCUUCCUCUUGUUUGAACUUGCCUGCAAUCAGGAUAAGCAAGAUAAACUGCGGGAGGAAAUUUUGAGCCUAAGCGAGGACCUUACGUUUGAAAUGCUGAGUGAAUUCACUUACCUGGAUGCAUGUUUGACGGAAAGUCUCAGGAAGAACCCGACGGUUUUCGUCUUGAGGAAAGUUUGCACGGAAAACUAUACCUACACACCAUCAGAAAAAUCAGGUUUUCAUUAUCCACCACUACUCAUAGAAAAAGGUACAAGAAUCAUUUUCCCAAUUGGUGGCCUAUAUACGGAUCCAAAGUAUUUCGAGGACGCCGACAAAUUUAUUCCGGAGAGAUUCCUUCAAAAGAGUGAUGAGAAUUCCCCCUACGUUUUCAAAUCUUUCGGGGAGGGGCCUAGAGCUUGUUUAGGAAAACGAUAUGCGCAACUGCAAAUUAAGGCAGGGAUAUAUCAUCUAAUAAAAAAUUUUAAGUUUUCGUUAAAUGAAAAGACGCAGUUACCAAUUAAGUUUCAUCCAUGGCAUUUUUCAGCUUCAGUAGUAGGUGGACUGUGGGUAAAUGUAGAACCAAUUUAAAAAAAUAUUUUUGAUUACUGUAAAUAUUUUAUAGAU